AUGGCAAUGAGGACGGCACUUUGGAUUUCGGGCCUACUCCUCGGCUCGGCUCAGGCCAUCACCACUGAGGGAAUUAUUGCUGCUCCGCGACGAAGCACCGCAAAUGUCAACCCCAGUGGAACAAUAGCGCUGUUCUCGUCCACCACCUACAACUGGACAACCCAUGAGUCGUCAACAACAUGGCAGCUGCUGGACGUUGCCAGUGGUGCCAUCACGGAGGCGCCAUUCGACUCCAGUGCGUCUGAGGUUGUGUGGGUAGGCCCGACAAACACUAGCAUUUUGUACAUCAACGGUACAAAUGAUAAUGCUCCCGGAGGCGUCACGCUGUACACUGCCGAUGUUGCAACGGACGUGUUUUCGCCAACUCUUGUUGCGUCUCUGGAUGCUCCUUUCCAAGGCCUCAAGGCCGUGCAAACUGAAUCUGGUUCCAUUAACUUUGUGGUCAAUUCCCUCGCUUACUGGAACAACGGUUCAGCGUACAACCCAGAGCUUGCGAGCACCCCGUUGAGCAGUGGCCAGCUUUAUGAUGCGAACUUUAUCCGCCACUGGGACACCUACAUUACCGCUGAACGAUAUGCAAUCUUCAGUGGCGUACUGUCUGGUAACGCUGGCAACCUCAGUUUCAACGGCGAGGUGACGAACCUGCUUUCGGGUCUCAAUGCCACCGUGACUCGUCCCGAAACCCCGGUACAGCCUUUUGGCGACCAAGGAGAUUAUGAUAUCAGCCCCGAUGGCACCACCGUGGCGUUCCUGACGAAGGCACCGGAGCUGCCGAAGGCAAACUUCACCGCGAGCUACAUCUACCUUGUGCCUCAUGACGGCUCCGAGGCUCCGGUAGCUGUGAACGGUCCCGGCACUACCGCGCCCGAAGCUGCUAAGGGUGCUUCCGGCGCCCCAAAGUGGUCUCCCGAUGGCACCAAGCUCGCAUACGUGCAGCAAAAUGGUAUUUCAUACGAGUCAGACCGCUCCCAGAUCUACGUUGCCAGCGUCAACGGUCUUGAGGCUGAGGUCACCCCUGUUGCCGAGGGCUGGGACUCCAGCGCGGCCAGCGUUCAGUGGAGCGACGAUGGCGCAGACCUUUGGGUUGCUUCUGAGCUCUAUGCUUCGGUCCGGAUCUUCAUAAUCCCUCAUGAUGCGGAGGCGUCUUUCGAGCCCGUCAAUAUCACAGGACCGGACACGUCGCUCGCUGACUUUGCUGUCCUGCCCGACGGCUCCGCGCUCGUCUCCGCGGCGGCGAGCUGGACGAGCCGGGUCUUCUACACGCAGGCACCCGGCGAGGACAAGACCGUCAUCUUCACCGCUAACGAAGUCGACCCGGAGCUCGAAGGUCUGAAGCCCGACUCUGUCUCGAACUUCUGGUACGAAGGCGGAGAUGGCGACCAGAUCCAGACCUUCGUCUUUUACCCGACGGAUUUCGACCCGACCAAGAAAUACCCGCUGGCUUUCAUCGUGCACGGUGGUCCGCAGUCGUCCCAGGCCGAUAACUGGAGCACGAGGUGGAACCUGCGACUUUGGGCCGACCAGGGUUUCGUCGUGACCAGCCCUCAAUUCACGGGCACGCCCAGCUAUGGGCAGGCGUUUACGGACAAAAUCCAGAACAAUUGGGGCGGCACACCGUACCGUGACCUUGUGAAGCUAUUCGAGUACCUCGAGGCAAAUGUGUCGUACAUUGACACCGACAAUGCCAUCGCGGCUGGUGCCUCCUACGGAGGCUACAUGACAAACUGGAUCCAGGGUCACGAUCUGGGCCGCAAGUUCAAGGCCAUCGUCACGCACGACGGCAAACUGGACCAGAUUGGCUCCUACGGAACCGAGGAGCUGUGGUUCAUCCAGCAGGACCAGAACGGGACGAUCUGGGACAACCGCGACAACUACGAGCGGUGGGACCCGCUCUCACACGCCAAGAACUUCAGCACGCCGCAGUUCGUCGUGCACAACGACCUCGACUUCCGGCUGCCCAUCUCCGAGGGCGUCAUGCUCUUCAACAUCCUACAGAGCCUGGGUGUGCCAUCACGGUUCCUGCACUUCCCUGACGAGGGCCACUGGGUACUGGACCGCGAGAACAGCCUGGUGUGGCACAAGAGCAUCUUCAACUGGAUCAGGUACUGGACUGGCCAGGAUGAGGAGUUGAUUCAGGAUAUAGUUAUUCACCAGUAG